CCCGGUGACCCCAGCCAUGCAGUCCACCGAGCCCUGGAGUCCUAGCUGGGGCACGAUGUCCUGGGACUAUUCGGGUUCGGGCUCCCUGGACCAAGUGGAGCUGUGCCCUGCCUGGAACCUGCCUUACGGCCACGCCAUCAUCCCAGCGCUCUACCUGGCGGCCUUCGCCGUGGGCCUGCCGGGCAACGCCUUCGUGGUGUGGCUGCUGAGCCGGCAGCGCGGGCCGCGGCGGCUGGUGGACACCUUCGUGCUGCACUUGGCGGCCGCCGACCUGGGCUUCGUGCUCACGCUGCCGCUGUGGGCCACGGCGGAGGCGCGCGGCGGCCUCUGGCCCUUCGGCGACGGCCUGUGCAAAGUCAGCAGCUUCGCGCUGGCGGUCACGCGCUGCGCGGGCGCGCUGCUGCUGGCGGGCAUGAGCGUGGACCGCUACCUGGCGGUGGGCCGACCGCUGAGCGCGCGCCCGCUGCGGAGCGCGCACUGUGUGCGAGCCGCGUGCGGCGCCGCCUGGGCUGCGGCGUUCCUGGCGGGUUUGCCCGCCUUGCUCUACCGGGGACUGCAGCCGAGCCUGGACGGCGCGGGCAGCCAGUGCGCCGAGGAGCCCUGGGAUGCGCUCCAGGGUGUCGGGCUGCUGCUGCUGCUACUGACCUUCGCGCUGCCGCUGGCUGUCACCCUGAUCUGCUACUGGCGCGUGUCGCGCCGCCUGCCGCGCGUCGGUAGGGCCCGGAGCAACUCGCUGCGCAUCAUCUUCACCGUGGAGAGCGUCUUCGUGGGCUGCUGGCUGCCCUUCGGCGUCCUGCGCUCCCUCUUCCACCUGGCGCGGCUCCAGGCGCUGCCGCUGCCCUGCUCUCUGCUGCUGGCGCUGCGCUGGGGUCUGACUGUCACCACCUGCCUGGCUUUCGUCAAUAGCAGUGCGAACCCUGUUAUCUACCUCCUGUUGGAUCGCUCGUUCCGCGCCCGGGCCCGGUUCGGGCUGUGCACGCGCGCCGGGCGCCAGGUGCGCAGGAUCAGCUCGGCCUCCUCGCUCUCCAGGGACGACAGUUCGGUGUUCUGGGGCCGGUCCCCGAAGGUGAACUCUGCCUCGGCCACUUGGUAGCCUCCCCGGGAUGGCGCAGGUGGAACGGCGCUUCAAAGAGAGGAACCAUGUGCUUGCAGAUGCGCCAGGGGACUGCCCAUCGGUUUUCUCAGAGCUGGCUGUUGGGACUGGCUGUUCUCACAAACCGACGGGGAAGGAUGGGCUAUUAUCUUAGUUUUCUCCAGGGCAAGAAAAGCUGUAGACACUCACCUGGAGAAGCAGGUUCACCUAGUAGAUGGGAGGAAAGUGGGUUCUGUUCUCUGCUUCAUUCUGUGUAAUUCAGCCCAAAUAUCCAAACCAGACUCUCAAAAGUCCUUCUUGCUCCUGACUGUUCUUGCCCCUACAAAAGCCAUUGUCUUUUGAGGAAUUUCUUCUCCUGGUCAGCCCUCUAGCAACACGAUCUCAAACACCUCUCCCUUCCCCUCCCCUACCUCUUCCCCCCUUCCCCUUCCCCUCCCCCCCUCUCUCCCUUUUCACCUCCCCUCCCCCUCCUCCUCCCCUUUCCUCCUCCCCCUCUAUCCCCUCUCCCUUUCCAUUCCCCUAUCCCCUCCCUCUUCCCUUUUCCCUCCCCUUCUAUCCCCCCCCUUCUCUCCCAUCAUCACUAUGUUAUCUACAUUGUUUCUCAUCCCCAAUUCGGAUUUUCGUUUUCAAAGGCUCACGAAAGACAUGGAAACCAACCCUAGUGUGAACUGCUCAGUUUGGUCCUUCCCACCCAUUGCCUCACCCUGGUGUGGCAACCCUUCUCCCAUCUAGAGACACCUGUGGGACUCGCCCUGAAAGUAGUUCUGGCCUUCCUUCUGAAUGCUGGCAUCUGAAAUUUUUCCGUGGGUGUUCAGAUUCUCCCUCACUUAGCCGGGGACCCCAGGUUUUUCUGUGAGCACACAUCUCAAUAAAAACUUUUGUUG